AUGGAGCCUCGAGCGCGAGCCGGCAAGAAUGUCGGAAAGAUGAACUUUAGCCAUGCGGAGCUGGCGCAGCUGCUCUACGCUCACGGCGACGUUCAAAACCCCCUCCCCGAGACGGUCCGAGUGCUCGACGAGAUCCUCACAGACUUUAUGCAAUCCAUCGCGUUCGAGGCGACGCGGGCGGCAAACUACUCUGGCCGGCAAAAGAUCAAGUACGAAGAUUUCGAGUUUGCGUUCCGGAAGAACCCCGCGUUCCUCGGAAAGGUGCAGGAGGUGUUUGAGAAGCAAAAGGAGAUCAAGAAGGCACGAGAGAUUCUGCGCGACGGUGAGGACGAGAUCAUGAAGGAUGCUGCAAAUGAGGAGAAGCAGAGGGAAAAGACAGACGCGAGGGGAGCCGCUGCGUCGGCUGCCGCAAAGGCGGAGGAGGAGCUGGGCGAGGCCGACGACGAUGCCGAGGCGGAAGCGGAUGCGCUUGGUAAGAAGCGCUGA